UAGUUGGCAUUGUAAAUUGGAUUCUAAAUUGGAUUCUAAUUAUUAAUCACCAAUAUCGCAUGGAAUACUUUAAACGUACACCUUUUUAUGAAGUAGCUAUUCUCAACUGGCUAACUGCUUAUAUGAAUUUUCCUGUGAAUUAUCAAGAUGCUAUAAAAGAUUUUAAAAAUAGUAUUAUAAACUCUUAUAAUGAAUUUGAAAAGAAGCACAUAUAUAGACGAUUACAG